AUGGCCAUAAAUAAUGACAUUAAAAAUACAGUGAUAAAGCUAGGAGAGAAGUUGAGAGAACUUGCUAGCUACAAAGUGGACUACAUUAGCAUAGCAAGUAAGUUAUCAAAUUUUAGAGCUACAAUAUUAGCAUCUCAGUCCUUGAUCACAUCAGAAGCAAAUCAUUGCGUCGCCACCAACAUGAAAGCUCUAGCUACUGUCCCACUUACAGAAGACCUAAUCAACCAGAGACGCAAUCUAGGCAACAAGUCAACAGAGUGGAGAACUAGGUCAAGGGCAGCUGAGCAGAAGGUAACUUUAAUCCAGUAUCAAGUUCAUAGUCUUUUUAAAGAUACUAAUGAGACUUUAAUCAUAGUUAAAGACUGUGAUGUCAAGAUAGCAGGAUCGAAACAAAAAUGUUUUGACUCCAGAGCCAGAGCUGAGCAGAAGAGCCAGAGCCAACGUGCAAAAAAUAAAAGACGUAUUUCCAGAUACCUAGCAAAUAAGUGUACCAUAGCAUCUAGGGUUGACAAUUUGUCAGACAUCCCAACUGCAGUGAUUGGUGAGCGUUUAAAUCAGCAAGUUGAAGACAGGCUGAAGUUCUAUGAAACUGGAGAAAAUCCUGCCAAAAAUAUAGAUGUCAUGAAGAUAGCUGUAGAAGAAAAUGGGGAAGAUGAGCCAGUGAAGAAGAAGAAAAAGAAGAAGAGCAAGGAAGAGAAUGGUGAGAGUGUAGUUACUGAGGUGGAUACAAGUGUUGGCUCUGAACUUGAUAAAACUGUUGAUGGGGAGAAGAAAGCAAAAAAGAGCAAAAAACAAAAGAAAAAGGAGAAGGACGGAGAUAACUAA